UCUAUUAUUAUUGUUAUGACAACUGACCGAUUUUUUCCCUUUUCUUUUUCUUUUUCUUUUAUUUUCCUUUCUUUUAUUUUCUUGUCUUUAUUCUGUACGUGUCAUCGGACCAUGUCGACAUUAGUAGCGUCGAGUCUCCGCGUGCGACUUUGAAUUCCAACACGCCCCAUCCAUAUAUAUCUCCAUAUAUAUCUUCGAGACGGUGGAGGAAUUAGAUUAGAUGCUAACGCGAUGCCUCCUCGACGACAGAAACUACGCAAUGGCACCUGGAUUGUCCCCGGCACCGGUGAACGCCGACGCAGCCAGUUUACCCUACGAUAUCCGCACCUCGAUGGCCCCGGCGACGAUGAUGAUGGCAUACGCCCCCUCACUGAAGGUAACACGAUGAAGGAAAAGGCUCGGAACUUGUGGCACAAUACUCGCGUAGCGUCUGGCAAACUAUGGGCGUGGACGAAAUCGCCCACAGGGCGAGGCGUAACAAAAUGCUCUAUUGCAUACCUGCUGGCUAGCAUGGGGACCUUUUGGCGCCCUGCUUCCGGGUUUCUAGGUCCAAUGGAUGGGAAGCAUAUUGUCGCCACCAUUGUUGUCUAUUUCCACCCGGCCAGGUCGGCAGGCUCGCAGAUAGAAGCUGUUGCUAUUGCCGUCGUCGCCGUGUGUUAUGCCAUGUUUAUCGGAACCUUGUCCAUGGCCACCUCGGUGCUCUUCGGGUCGGUCUUGGAUAUGGUCGAGUUGUCUUACGUUCUAAUUCUCACAAUAUUCAUUGGAGGUGGCCUGGGCUUUGUCGGAUGGGUUAAGCAGAAGCUCAAUAAUCCUCUCGUAAGCGUUGGUGCUAGUAUAGCAUCCAUCGGUAUCAUCACUAUUGUGACGAAAGAGAACUCGGUCCAUACGGGCGUCUUCACCAACCAGAAGAUUAUACAGUCACUCAAGAUUUUACUUAUGGCCACUGUGAUAUCAACGCUAGUUAAUUUGGUCUUCUGGCCGGUUUCUGCGAGGCUAGCACUACGAAAGUCUAUGCGAAGCGCGUCUACGUCGCUCGGCGAUAUGUUGUCUAUGAUAACGAGCGGGUUCCUUAGUGGUGCUGAAGAGGAUUUCACUUCGAGUGCCUUUACGAAAGUUUCAGCUAAAUACAGUUCGAGUCUGUCUCAAAUGAACAAAAACGCCCGGGAAUCGAAAUAUGAAUACUAUAUCCUGGGACAGGAGCAAAUAUAUAGACACGAUAAGGCUGUAGUAAAGUCGAUGGAAAACUUAGCCCAGUCGCUCGGUGGUCUGAGGAGUGCGGCUAAUACCCAAUUCGAGCUCUUGAAAGAAGUAUCUUUCGGGCCACUAUCCUCACAUUCGGCGAUUGAUCCAUUUUCUCAAGGUACGAACCCCUUCUCACCUACUCUUAGUAGGUCUUUGUCGGCGACAUUGAAGAGCGGAAGUAGCAGAGUCAAUACUCUUGGUCCCAUCGAUGAAGCACCUGUCGAACGAAGCGAUAGGGAGGAGGAUGUGGCAUCUACUGUGGCACUUACGCAAGAAGCGUCUCCUCUGUUGUCCGCGUCUGGUUCAUCAUUAAGGACCCCACCUGAUAUCUUCGAAUUAUUCAUCGCACGUCUUGGCCCGUCGAUGAAAUCUUUAGUCCAUACAAUGGCUGAAAUGCUCAGAGAACCCCUAUUCGGAGCUCCAGGAGAACCAAUCAACACUAACGAACAGUUCAAGCAAAGCCUCAGCGAUGCGAUAUCCCUAUAUAACCAGGCGAGAGGAAGUGCGCUAGAAGAAAUUUAUAAGACGAUCGAACUAGGUAGAACCAGAUCUGAGUCUAUCCAAGCUGAUUUCGAGGAGGUCGCUGCAGCGUGCGGGCACUUCUCGUUUAGUCUGCUUAGUUUUGCAGACGAGAUGCAGAUAUACCUGGAUACUGUUGACGACUUGCGACAUGUUACCGAGCAGGGCAAGCGGACAUGGAAAUGGUUGAUGUUUUGGAAGCAUAUUAGUUUCUCAUCAAAGACAAAGAAAGGAGACCCAGAGCAACGGUCCCUGCUUCAACCGGUUAAAAGGUUAAGGCAGUCUAAACUACCACAGGGCAUCCCCGAGGCUAUGAAGCGGCGUGGUACCUUUAGCUGGGAUGCAGCGCCGCAAGGUGAAGGUCUAUGGGAUCAUAUCGUCCGAACGGUUUCUCGGGGCCUGUUGAAAUUCUUUAAGUUCCUCGCAAGGGAUGAUAUUCGUUUCGGCCUUAAAGUUGGUAUUGGCGCCACCCUCUACGCUAUGUUCGCCUUUAUUCCUCAAACACGGCCAAUAUAUGCGCACUGGCGAGGCGAAUGGGGCCUUUUGUCUUUUAUGAUUGUGUGUUCGAUGACUGUGGGUGCAUCCAACGCUACUGGCUGGUCUCGUUUCAUAGGUACCGUCAUGGGUGCUGCCUUUGUUUGGGUCAACUGGUGGAUAUCGGACGGCAACGCUGUCGCGCUCGCCUUCUUAGGCUGGGCCGUCUCCUUUGGUGCCUUUUAUAUCAUGAUCGAUCGCGGUAAUCCGGCAUUUGGUCGCUUCAUAUUGCUAAGCUACAACGUGUCCUCCUUAUACGCGUAUUCGCUCACGCAAGAUGUCGACGAUGACGACGACGACGAGGGUGGUAUCCACCCGAUUAUCACUUCCAUCGCUUUCCACAGAGUUGUGGCCGUGUCUGCCGGCAUUCUCUGGGGUCUCAUUAUAUGCCGCCUGAUCUGGCCCAUGUCUGCCCGUCAAAAGUUCAAGGAGGGUCUAGCAGUUCUUUAUCUACAAAUGGGACUCGUCUGGAAGCGAGGCCCGCUAGCCGUCCUCCUCCGCAACGAGACUGCAGCUACGAGCUACAUGAAGAUAGGCGAGCAGGCUGCCAUGCAGCGGUACGCAGCGCAGCUGCAGACGCUUCGCGUCGCGGCAAAGAACGAGUACGAACUUAGCGGGCCAUUCCCCUUCGAGGCGUACGGGCGUAUUAUGUCGGCGACGCAACGAGCGCUCGACGCGUUCCACGCUAUGAGUUUGGUGACGCAGAAGCACGGCCGCCUUAGCGACGGCGAGAAAGCAUUGUUGUACUACACAGCGGAGGAGCGAGAGCAGCUGUGCGCGCGCAUAUGCCACGUGUUUCAGGUGCUCGCAUCCAGCAUCAUGCUCGAAUACCCCCUGACGGACGUCAUUCCGAGUAUCAUGGUUAUCCGAGACAAGCUACUAGGCAAGAUCUUCCGAUUUAGAAAGGAGUAUAACCACAUCGAAGCCACGGCGGAGGAUGGCGGUAAAGCCUUAUCCACCACCACAGCGGAGAAUGGUGACGGGGAUGCAAGCGCCAAAAGUGGUCUCAGGGUCAGGGUCCCGGCACUAGGCGACAUCGUCGUAGAGGAACCGGAUUACGCGCUCCUCUACGCCUACGCCCUGGUUACGGGCCACCUGGCGAAGGAGCUGGAGGUCAUAGAGAAGGAAAUCAAGGAGUUGUUCGGGCGGCUUGACGAAGAUGCGCUGUUACUGCAAUAG